CUCUCUCAGAGUCAGGCGUCAGCUGUUCACAAGCACAGAUGAGGGACUUACUGCGGUGGACAUUGAUUUCACACACAGCUCUCAGAGAGAACAACAUAAACUUUUGACAAAACUACGGACCUCUCUCUCCUUCCCUGGGGUUAACAGCUAAUGAGGAUAUUUUGUUUUUCGCAGAAAGUUUACUUUUACAGUGUGAAGAUAUGUGGCAUUUGAGGUGCACAACAGGAAACAGUUUAGUACAUGCUCUUGGUUCAGGAGCUUCCUCUUUCCCUGGAUACAAAAUGCAGGCCGUUCCAGUUUUGUCCUUUCAAUGAGCAAAACAGAUUCACGUCCACACCAGCUGCUCACCACCAGAAGUAAUAACCCUCCAAGAUGGCACUCACUUCACUCUAUGUUACUGAGAAACCAGGAGCUGACUUAAGUGAAGUGGACAUAUGUACACUUGAGAUUAAUAUGAAGUAUGAAGUCAUCCCAUCUAUUGUGUGCUCUGUUUGCCUUUCAUUUGGCCUCAUCUACUGCUUUUCCGGAUAUCGCUGCUUCAAGAUGGUCAUGUUCUUCUCAGGCUUCCUGUUAAGCUCGGCAGCCAUGCUCCUCUUGUACCAUAAAGAACCUGCACUGAGCACCCAGCUGCAGGCAGAGACCAAGGCGGGCAUUGGCCUUGGUGUGGCUGUGCUGUGUGGACUGUUGACCAUGUUAAUGACAACUGUGGGACUCCUCAUCAGCGGCUUACUUCUGGGAAGCCUUCUCUCCCUCUCCAUCUUGGUGGUUAUUGGACAAUUUCACAGCCUUACUCCAGUUUGGGUGCCUCUAAGUGUUGUUCUAGCUGCCAGCAUGGCCGCUGCUGUCUUUACACUCCAGUGGCAGAAACUAUUCAGCAUAAUCUUCACUUCUGUGUUUGGAGCAACUGCAGUCAUGCUGUGUGCAGAUUACCUGGUGGGGGCAUUUGUAUUGCCAGAUCAAGUGUAUGAUAUAUUUUCUCAAGCUGCUCCACGACCACUCUGCUGGUUUGACUGGGCUGUCACUGGAAUCUGUCCUGUUUUGAGUCUCACCGGAGUGCUGGUGCAAUGGUGGUUUACUGCCAAAGGAAUGUCACACAAUGGAAGUGCACAUAAAAAACAGAAGAAAUAUGCAAAAAAACAUGCAAAUAAAGAGUCAAGGAGAAGACCUCAGCAUCACCGCCAACGGAGGCCUCCACCCCUGAAACGCUAUGCUGGGGAUGUCCUGGCACCGAGUUAUCUUCAGAGCCUUCAGGAGCGUCAGAUGGGAACCGGCUCCUCUAAAAGCACCGUCAGCACUAUCACACACACUCUAAUUGACUUUGACUUUGAAACAGGCUCCAUGGUGCCUCUGACCACUUCCUCUCCAGUCUUCACAGUUUGAUUAACAUGGCUUCAAGCAACUAUAGGUUACAUAUGUCUGAGGAAUAAUUAAUCAUUUGAAUUUUUGACCAUCACAAACACCUUUCCACAGUUUCAACUUGUGGUUUGAAUCCUUAUUACUGGCUUCAUCAGAUAACAAUCAGCAUGCUCAGACUGAUAUGAGGUACUUGGAGAUCAUCCCCUGAAUGAUGACAAGACAAAUUAAUGCAACCUCAACACAGCAUCAGGCCCAUGACUACUAAAUCCUUUGAGCAGUUUAACUCUCAGAUGAGUUCUUUUGUUUCAUGCAAUAUCAUUACAAUCUUAAACACUCUGCUUAUGUCACUGUGUACAUACAUAGAUCAGUAACACAUCUAGAUUGCACUGAAAUGUAAUCAUUACAGCUACAAAAGAUAAAUGUGUGCCAGCGCAUGCAAUGAAACCAAGGAUAUACAUAAAACAUAUAAUUCUGAACGGUAGACCAAUAAAAUGUUGAUCAGACAGCUUCACAGUCAGCUGUUUUGGGUAUUGUCUUAUGUUAAGAGUCAUUAAAUCAGCAACGUGAUGUUUAUGCAAUCAUACCAAAGAUAAGAAUGUCAGCAGCAUCGAAAACACUGAUGGUAUUAAAACUGUGAAGAGUGUGGUAGUUGUUUAUGAGUUCAAGUUUGAAUUUGAAAACCAGAUGAUGUGUUAUUUCAUCUUUGAAGGUUACAUCCUUAUUUUUAAGAGGUUAAAUAAAACAUGCUUUUCCUCUGCUCUGUACUGUUAUUAAUCCAUCUAUACUCCUCUAGUGUGUUGUCCUUCUUUGAAGAUAUCUGUUCUGGAGAGGCUAGAUCAAAAUUCUCCUAUUUGUAGGUCACAAAUACAUUUGACUCAGAAACUGUAUCUCCUCCAAAAAAUCAUGACUAGGUCACAAAAAAAUCCACACGCCUUCUUGGAGUAAUUGUACAGCUGUUUUCUGUACACCAUUUUGUCACUGCUAUAAAAGAAGAAUGCAGCUGGCCAGCAUUACAGAGCGCGAUGUCAUUCAUGUUUACAUUCUCUGACCUUUCACAAACAAGAACCUCUUGUGUCUAAAUGUUAAAUCCAGUUUUAGUUAGCUUUUAGUUCAGCAUUUCUUUAGCAUGUUGCAUGUUUUGGAAUCAGAAGUGACCAAAUUUGGACAAACGGGCUGAGUUAUCUACUAAUAUUACCAUUAGCUUGAUCCGUAAACUGCAUGGAUGCAUCAUGCAGACACAGAUACCUUAUAAUUAGUGCUAAGCGAGCCAUGUGAUUUGGUAUAUAAAUGUAUUAAAAAUGCUCCAAAAGAUACAAACAGAUUUGAGAAGUUUUUCAGAGUUGAUAAUAGACAGCUACCAGCCUUGAAAGUUUAAACAGUUCAAAAAAACCUGUAAUUAUUAUGAGGGAUUUAAUUAUAGAGAACAAAGCCAUUUUUGUACUAGACUGUAAAUAUGCCAUAGCUAAACUUUGGCCUUUUCGCACUGGAGUCUCUGAGUACAGACUCACUUUACGGAGCCAGCCUCAAGUGGUCACUUGAGGAACUGCAGUGUUGACUUCGAUUUGCAGUCCCUUCUGGAUGUUGCCACUUGGUCAAUGCACUUUGUUCUGUACAGUUUUAUGGUUGUGGGGUUCAGGUUAGCAGAAAAGAAGAAAACAAGAAGUCUAUGAACACUAUGAAAAUGGGCCCAAGAUUUCUGGAACAUUGUUUUAAUUAUAAUGUAUGAAUAUGUCAGUUUUGUUCUUAAGGUUAACCUUCCCUUUGUUCACACUUGUUUAAAUGUUAAUUCCACUUUUUUCCCACCCUUUGUUUUUUCAGUUAAUGUCGCUACUGUUCAGCUAUGUUAACUUUGCACUUUACGUGCAAGGAUUUAGAAUAGAAUAGAAUAGCCCUUUAUUGUCCUUGUACAUGCACAAUGAUAUUAUGGACAUUUUUGUACAGAAUGAUGUUUAUCGUAGCAAAAAACUUCUCCACAGACAUUUUAAAAGAAAGUGGAAAUUACAUUUUUCACAUUUUUGAGCCGUUGUCUUUUGUCUGAGUAA